ACUGGGAGGCAUUAGUAUUCCGGAGAUGGGAAGGCUGCUACAGAAUAGGAUCCUGACUCACACAGCGAGCUGGCAAUUAAACUUCAUGGGGCUGAAUAUUUCCUUUACAAGAUCUUGGAGAGCAAAUUGGACCUAACGUUGCCUUUGCUACAAAGGGGCCAUUUGGAAGAGAGCUUUGAGCCCAGGGGUGUGCUGGAUUUGAAAAAAGGGGGGUGAACAAAAAAAAAAAAAAGGCAAAACAAAGCUGUGGUUCUGAAAGAGACCCUUUAAACAGCACAGCCUUCUCCAAAGAGGGCAGGAAUCACUCUCUACUGCUGAUGCUUCUCAACAGAACACAUUCGCUUCCAGCCAGCACAAUGCUCGGUGUGCGGGGCUGCUUGGAGAGGCUUUGACUAAAGCCGGCUGCUCAUUUCAACUGUCCCUGGGUCUGUCAUGCUGGGAGAGCAGAGGUAACCCCCUUGUGUCCCCUGUGCACAGCCGAGAUGUUUGUUGUGCCGGCAACAUGGAAAAGAGAAUCAAACUGUAAAAACUAAGGAGCUUGAGGAUCUGGCAGCUACUCCCUGCAACCUGGGGUCUUCAGCCGGACUGGGAAUAGGAAGAUUUGUCUGCAUUGUAAGUGCCCGCGGGAGGAACACAGCGCCACGGCGAUGCCAUUGGAAAUGGAGAAAACUAUGAACAAGCUGAUGUUUGACUUUCAGAGGAAUUCCACCUCCGAUGAUGACUCCGGUUGCGCCCUGGAAGAAUACGCCUGGAUUCCUCCCGGACUGAAACCAGAACAGGUUCACCAGUAUUACAGCUGCCUACCAGAUGACAAAGUCCCUUACGUCAAUAGCCCGGGAGAAAAAUCCAGAAUAAAACAGCUUCUGCACCAGCUGCCUCCACAUGACAACGAGGUCCGGUAUUGCAAUUCGCUAGAUGAAGAGGAAAAGCGAGAGCUGAAACUGUUCAGCAACCAAAGAAAAAGAGAGAAUUUAGGAAGAGGCAAUGUCAGACCUUUCCCAGUAACCAUGACCGGUGCCAUUUGUGAGCAGUGCGGUGGUCAGAUCAAUGGAGGGGACAUGGCGGUCUUUGCAUCCAGAGCUGGGCAUGGAGUCUGCUGGCACCCUCAGUGCUUUGUGUGCAUCAUCUGCAAUGAAUUGCUGGUUGACCUUAUCUACUUCUACCAAGAUGGAAAGAUCUACUGUGGCAGGCACCACGCCGAGUGUUUGAAGCCUAGGUGUGCGGCAUGUGAUGAGAUUAUUUUUGCAGAUGAAUGCACAGAAGCUGAAGGAAGACACUGGCACAUGAAGCACUUUUGUUGUUUUGAAUGUGAAACUGUCCUGGGAGGCCAGCGGUAUAUCAUGAAAGAAGGACGUCCAUACUGCUGCAACUGCUUUGAGUCUCUCUACGCCGAAUACUGCGACACGUGUGCACAGCAUAUAGGUAUUGACCAGGGACAGAUGACCUACGAUGGCCAACACUGGCAUGCAACCGAGAACUGUUUCUGUUGCGCUCACUGUAAAAAAUCCCUGCUGGGACGGCCCUUCUUGCCCAAACAAGGGCAGAUUUUUUGCUCCAGAGCAUGUAGUGUGGGUGAGGAUCCAAAUGGAUCGGACUCUUCAGAUUCUGCCUUUCAGAAUGCAAGAGCAAAGGAAUCCCGGCGUAGUGCUAAGAUUGGAAAGAAUAAAGGCAAGUUAGACGAUGGCAACAUGAACCAGUGUGGGCCCUUACACGUGGCUUCUAACAGACUUUCUGCUGAUGUGGACCCCCUUUCUCUGCAGAUGGAUUUGCUGAGUGUAUCUAGCCAGAACCCAAGCUUAAACAGGGAUCAGCUAUGGAGGAGCAGAGAUGAGCUGUAUCACUAUGGCAACAAGAUCGAGAGAAGCCAAUCACAGAGUCCCUUGCAACUUCUUAGUCAGUGCAAUAUAAGGACUUCUUAUAACACUGGCCAGGGGGCUGGGGCCCAGCCUGAUAUGUGGGCAAAACAUUUCAACAACCAGAAGAGAAGCCUGUCCAUGAUGGGCCACAGUGAAAGCUUCUCUCAGGAAGGCAGGGAAGACUAUUAUCAAGGCAGGGUGAGGCAACAGGAGAGCUUCAGCGACGCGUCCAACCACAGUUUCAACGAGGCGAGGUCCAGCCUCAGAGUUCCGAAGUUUGAGGAAAAGAAACCUAUGAACCCACAGCAGUGUCGAUCCAGGCAUCCAAUCAAUGCACUUAAAUUCACAGAGGGGUUGACCCCUACGGAACAAACUCCCCGCGGAUCAAUGGAAUCUCUAGCCCUCUCCAAUGCCACAGGUGUAUCUGCAGAUGGGGGUCCUAAACGUCAGGAACAUCUGUCUCGAUUUUCCAUGCCAGACCUGAGCAAGGAUUCAGGGAUGAAUGUUUCCGAAAAACUGAGCAACAUGGGAACGUUAAACUCGUCUUCUCAGUUCCGGAGUGUAGAGUCCGUCCGAAGCCUUCUGUCUGCGCAACAGUAUCAAGAUCUGGCUCCGAAUCUUAGUGACUUGGCUAACUCAGGCAAAUACAGGGAUGUGCCACCCCAUUCAAGGCUACAUCAUGGAUUUACAUUUGAUGCAGGGAUGUCCAUGAAUGAAUUGACAGCCCAGAACAACCUAAAGUUGACUCCAAUGAGUGAGAGGACAAGAAGGAGGACUCAAGCCCGUGAUAAUGACCAACACUAUCGACAUCAUCGUCAGAGAAGGUCAAGGCGUUCCCGUUCUGAUAAUGCCCUCCACUUGGCCACUGAACAGUGUAAUAAAAUCAAGGAGAAGCCACUAGCAAGAACUAGGGAGGAAUAUGAGCGGUUAAUGCAACAAAGGGGCGUUAGAGAUUCCAUGGAUCAAGCCGUUCGAAGAGAAAUGUACAACCGUUAUCAAAGGACUGCGUCUGACCUUGCUCUACAAAACCAUCUCUAUGACAGAUGGGGGCAGCACGUCAACGACUAUGACUGGUGUUCCACCUGCUCCUCCUCAUCAGAGUCUGACAAUGAAGGAUAUUUCUUAGGAGAACCCAUUCCCCAGCCUACUAGACUCAGAUACGUUACUAGUGAGGACCUUAUCCAUCAGUACGGCCAAUGCUCUGGAGGCAUACCCAAGUCUUCCACUUUAGGUGGCCGAGGACAAUUGCACAGCAGAAAGAGGCGAAAAAGCAAAAACUGCAUCAUCUCAUAGGGGCGAACCGCGUUGCGGCGGCACAGAAAUGCGCACGAACAACAAACAGACUUGCACUGCUCUCCAUUAUGAACUUUAUUUUAUACCAAAUUAUAAAAAAAAAGUGCAAAAUCCCUUUAUUUAAAACUUCAUUCUGAGGUUUAAUAUUAGAGUCUAAAUUAAGAAACCGAGUUGACUAAUCUUCAUGGUCGCCCAAUCCCUCGGGUCCACACGUUUCACUUGGAUGUAAGUGCCUGGUUUAACUCUCCGUGUAACCAACUUCAAUGCAGGAGAACCAACUCAUUGGCGUGUAAUCACCUUAUCGGGGCAAACUACAGCCAAUCGGAGCUUACGCAUUUCAAACGUGACAGAGCCAACUGCCAUCAGAGCAUUUACAAGAUGAUAUCCGUUGAAUCAAUCCAAGAAAUUUCACCAAUCCGGCAAAUUUUUGUUUAUAACCGUGUUUUCGCCACUGACAAACCGAUAUAAAGUUCAGGAGGCCUGUAGAAUAAAUAAGCCCCAUUAUAGUCCAUAUUUCUUUUUCAUUUUUCAUCUUUUUCUUAUGUUUUUUUUUUGCACAUUUCACUUUGAAAGUGACUCUCACUUUGCUACUUACCUAGUUCAGUCCGCGAACCUCACUGCCAGGCUUCUGUACAGACCAACACGUUCCAGAUUGAAUGUACGCUGUAUCCAAAUGUAUGCUGCUUGCCUGUAUCAUUCUAUAAUAGACCUCGACGCUUAUUAUCAUUAUUUUUUUCAUUGGCCACUUAUAUUUUGAAGUAUUUUAUUUCCUAGACAAAAAAAAAACAACGCUAAUGCUUUAAGUUAUUUACGCUCUCAUUGUAAAUGGUAUGUAAAUGAAAGUUCUGAUAAACUAUUUUUGUAUUUUGUAAUAUCAAAAAUGAGUUUCUAUGUUUUAGGAUUAUAGAUAUAUAUAUAUAUAUCAGAUCUGCAUGCCCGGCUUAUGCGUUCUCUGGUUGGUUCGACUCGCAAACUCUUUUUUUUAUUAUUAUAGGGGUUUUUUUUGUAAAUUGUGUAAUUUAUACAUUAAGGAGACGUGGAGAAGGUUGACUUGGCUUUGGCCAACUGGAUCUCUUCACGCCGUUCCGAGAGAGUUUGGCUUGGCAGGUAUGAUUUAUGAAGUCUAGCACCUUAUAAAUUGAAAUAUGUAGGUAUAUAUAUAUACGCAUAAUACAAGGUGAUUUCAGGCAACAUAAACUGGCACAAUUCCAGCCCGUUCUACAGAAUCUACCAAAGGACACUCAGAUUUCUAUUCAGCAUUGGAAUAGAACACCGACGUCAAAAUAGAGAAUUAAUUUCAGAAUCCUGAUUGAGCGGAUGGAACACUAACUCGUGUACAAUGCUUCAGUCUUCCCCGGCCAAAGGCAAUUCUGGCUCUGUGUCUAUCUGACAAUUUAUUUUCUCCCUCUCUUAGGGGUUUAUAUUAAGGAAACAGUUUCUUUCUGACCUAGUUUGUGGUUUUGGAAGCUAAACCUAUAGCAGCUACAAGCCAGGGAGUUCAUUCUUUUUCUAUUAUAAAGCAUUGCCAUCAAAUCUAGUGAGGCUUUUCUGUUUAAUUCUCCUAUUGCCCUCACAAGAUCUCCAACCCAAUUACAGAUGCACCAAUAAGAAUCCAUGUUAUAUAUUUAUAAUAAUGAAGGUUGAACCAAUUAAGUCCUUAUGUCCUAAUGUCUAGGUAGAUUAUUGUGCAGUUUUGGCUUACACUGCUCUUAAAGUGGUAGACAUUCCAGUCAUUUUUGCCUAGAUGUCUGUAGGGCUCUCUCAAAGAUGGACAUUUUGACCAUCUCUAUACAGUAUGGCAUACAUUUCAUUAACAAUUAUGCCAUGGACUUUGUUCUUGGAUCACUGCCCAUGCAGAUGUAUGUGUGGUCAACUGCACAAUAUUCAGACAAUAUAUAAAAAAUCAACCUCAGGGUUAUUCAUAUUGACAGUUCAGAUAAGGAGCAUAGAUAAAUGUGCCCAAACAAUCUUUCACUGCAUUGGUUUCAUUUGUACCGAGCAUUUUAAAGGACAACUUAAGGCGGUCAUACAGAGGCAGCUUUUUGGACCAUGUAUGAGGCCCUUCAACAAGUCUGCCUGACUGAUAUUUGCCCAAAUAUCAGCCAGAUAUUGAUCAAGCAGCUUUAAAAAUCCCAUUGCGGUGAACUUAGACAGCAUUGGUUCGCUAAUGCAGUGUCCUGCAUUUACUGUCAGUGUGAUCAGAUCCUGAGGGCCUCACCAAAACGAGUGGCCAGCUUUAGUCAAGGCAAGCAUGAUGGCAACUCCCAGGCUGACAUAUGUAUAAAGCUGGCUAUACAGGUUAUUUGGCCACCCACUGUUUAGGACAAAUACACUUUAAUCCAGGAUCAACAGUAGGGCCUACUGCUGAGGACCACGUCAACGCAUCAUUAGAUGAGGACCAUGUCAAUGCGCUGAUGUGGUCCUUGUCUGGCCACAAUAGAUAUCUGGAUGAUUUUUGCCCAGAUAUCAGUCAGACAGGCCUAUGGCUGGGCUUCAUGAAGGUCUUCUGAUUCGGUCUGGAUAGACCAAAUCAGCAGCCUUUAUUGGCCUAUACAUGGCCAAAGCAGAGACAUUAUGUUGACCAAUGAUGAAUGCUAAAGCAAAAUAAAUUACUUAGGAUCAUUAUCCAUUGAUUUCAGUCCCGUGUCCGUUAAAUUCCCACCUUAUGCGUUAUUGCUUAGUAUUUAAAAGCAAGCAUUCUAUAAUAUAUUCUUUUACUCCCCUGGGUGGGGGCAAUACUUCAUUGAAGUCUUUGGAAGAUAUCUCAUCUUACCUUGGAAGAAGAAGCAGUUUACAGCUCUCACUUAUAUAAAUAUGCAAGUACCAUUCUGCUCGCAGAGUAAACUAUGCCCAUACAUUGUAAUGAUAUUUAUAGGAAAAUAAAACUGCAGGUAAACAGAGUAUAUAUUAUAAAUAGAUUUAUAUUUUACCCAUAAAGGAAAAGAAAGAUAAAAUAAUUAUAAUUAGGGCAUAUUUUCUGAUUAAAGAAUAACCGAGUUCACGUUCCGUUACUUGGAGACCAUUUCCAGCCUAGAAGGUUGUUGCCUGUUGAGGAGAUUUGUACCAAAAUGGCGGCCCAUGUGCUGUAACCAAAACACCGUGUAGCGUUCCAUUGAGUAUUUGUACAGUAGUGUUAACGAUUUUAAACUUCAAGUAGAUGUAAAAGAACAAAGAAAACUAAUGCAAGUGGUGCAGUUGUCAUUUCCGCAUCCAGUUGUGAAUUGUCGUUGCCUCCGUGACUUGAGAUAUUGUAACUGCUUUCAUUUACUGUAUGAGCUGAAGGAACGGUUCAGUGCUGCUUUGUAUCUGGAGUCUGUAACAAGAAGCAAAAGCUGCUGUGCUCUGUACGGUUUCACUGGGGGGCCCCCCCGCAAUUGAAGGGGCCCCUCUUUGCCAGCAGACUGUGCGGGAUCGUACUGACCUUUUGUCUUUCUAUGCCUAGAACUGCAUAUCUUGUACUAUCCGCAGAUUGUUGGACAUCAAUUGCUGUUCAGAUUUAAAUAUUAAAAACAUAUUCAUUGUCCUUCA